CGUCGGUGGGAAAACUAGAUACAUGGGCGACGCGAAGGAAGGCUGGUACAAGUAAGAUUCAACGGGAGGAAUAGUGUUUAGUUCUACCCUAACUAUAGCGAUCAGUAGUAAUCAUGGAAAGUAUAGCAGCGAGCGCAAAUAUAAAGUCCACAGAGGGACAGGUCGGUGGAUUUUGAUGGUGUUCAUGGCGUCCUGAUGUACGUUGAAGCCGUUAGAGAAGAAAGUCGGUGAUAGACAGACCGUGUGCCGGUCCUCGAGCAGGUGAACUACUAGCGAUCGUCGCGAUGGCAAGCGCAUAAACAGCGGCAGUGACGCAGAGCGGGUGCAGCGGAGGCGAGUGGUCGCCGACGGUCAGCUCGUGCUAUCAUCUGCCGAGAUACGUCGGGAGUGAGACGGAGGGCUUGAUGAGUGCGCUGACCGUGAUAGGCGGAUCUGCGCGGUCGUGCGCCGAGAUGCUCGUUGCCUAUGGGAUGCAAGGUUAUGGAGUGCGCUCCUUCACCACGGACGUCACCAUAGAUAGUACGCAGCUUGGUUGUCGUCGAGUAGCCAUGGAUCACUCUGGUCGUGCAGGUGAGCUGGAAAUUGUUCGGUUAGCGCCGUCCAUGCGUCGACAGGCUCUCUGUCCUCUAGGCGAUCUUCUCGUAACUGCGCUACCGCCUCUCCUCUGCGCCCACCGCCGAAAGCUCCCGAAGUACGCCUGCACCCAGCGCAGAACUCGUUAUGCUCACAUACUGACAUUGGCCGCUGUGCGCAUUCUUCCCGCAAAUCCCUGGAUCUGCGCAACGAAAUCAAAUUGCAGAGGAUGCUUCCACAGUAAGCGAACAAGGCGCGCGUUUUGGUGUCCUUGUGUGCUUAUGUUUUGUGUCAACAGCACCGCUCCCAAGGUGGCGAUGAGCGUCGUGAACCAGAACAGCUUUGCGCCGUACAGAAAAGUUAGGAGCUAUUUCUAAGCAGGACAGAUGGUGCAGCCUGCUCGAGUGCUUCAAGGAAGGAGCCAGACGUGCGUUUUGUCGGUGAGGUGAAACGACACCUUGCCUCCUAGGGUUCCGUUUUCGCUCAAAGA